AUGACAACAACAGAUAACAAAAUCUUAACAUCAACUAUUGAAACCUAUCGUCAUUAUGCUGCUCAACCAACUCUGUCUGAUAUUGAAUGUUGUAAUCAAGAUUCUAAUGAUGAAAUCCUUCAUUUAACACCUUAUUUUUCAACAAUAGAUCUUGUUAAAUUAGAACAUUUAACUUAUACUCGUUCAUUUACUUAUUCAUUGAAAACUCGUCAACUUUUAUUUACAAGUAAUGUAACAACAAUUAAUGAAAAUAUUAUUCGUCGUCUUGCUUCUCCUGAUGGAAAAUAUCUUGCAUUAGUAACAAAAGAAAUGAAAGGUGAACAAGAAUUACAUUAUGUACAAAUAUGGCAUGAUGAACAUUUAAUAUUUGGUUAUGAAGUUAGUGAUAGUAAAAUAUCACCACAUGGAAAAGUUCUACCUAAAAAUGAUUAUGCAAGUUUUUUUGAAUGGAGCCCUGAUUCUCGUCGAUUAAUUUUUACCGCUGAAGAAAAACGUAAAUCAUUCAAAUCUUAUUUUACAGCUGAAAAACUGGGUGAUCUUGGAGAAUCUUUUAGUACAUAUCGAGAAAAUUGGGGUGAAC